UCAAAUAGAAACGUAAAAACCCACAAAAGUCAAAGUCUUCUCCUCUUCUUCUCACCUUCUCUUGUCUAGUCUUCUCAUCGCCCCCUAUGCCUAACUCACAACAAUGCCACAAAAAAACUCAUAAAUACACUCCAAAAAUCCCCUUUCUUCACAACCCAUUUAAUUUUCUCCUCAAAAUGAAACCCCUACUACUAUUCAUCAUCACUUUUACCAUUAUUAUUAUCACCACAAAAGCUGCAGAUAUACUUCCUGGUUCAACCCUUUUAGCUUCAAACCCAAACUCCAAAUGGUCUUCCCCAAACAACACCUUCACUCUUUCCUUCUUACAACUUGACCCCACAAACCAAAGCUCAUAUUUUGCUGCUAUUUCUUAUAACAACAUACCUAUAUGGAAAGCUGGUGGAGAAGUUGAUUCUUCAGGUGAACUUAGGUUCCUCAGAAAUGGUGAUCUUCAGUUAACAAAUGGAACUUCAAGAACUGUUGUUUGGAGUUCAAGAACUGCAAAUCUUGGUGUUUCUGUAGCUAAUCUUAAUGAUAAUGGAAAUCUUGUGCUUAAAAAUGGUACCUUUCCGAAUAUUUGGUCUAGUUUUGAUAACCCCACUGAUGCUAUUGUUCCUUCACAAAAUUUCACUAAAAAUCAUACUUUGACAUCUGGGGUUUAUUCUUUUAAGCUUUUGAAUAAUGGGAACUUGUCACUUUUAUGGAAUAAUUCUAUAAUGUAUUAUAAUUCUGGUUUGAAUUCUUCUGCAAAUGUGAAUUGGAGUUCACCUAGUUUAACAAUGUUGCCUAUUGGGAUUCUUUCACUUAAUGAUCCUACCCUUUCUAGUCCUUUAAAUGUUGUUUAUAGUAGUGAUUAUGCUGAUGAAGGGAAUAUUUUAAGGUUCUUGAAAUUGGAUACUGAUGGGAAUCUUAGGAUUUAUAGUUCCACACAAGGUAGUGGGACUCAAAAUGUGAGAUGGGCUGCUUUAACUGAUCAAUGUCAGGUUUUUGGAUAUUGUGGGAAUUUGGGGGUUUGUAGUUAUAAUGAAACUAGUCCAGAUUGUGGAUGUCCUUCACAGAAUUUCGAGUUUAGUGAUCCGAAUGAUAGUCGAAAAGGGUGUAAGAGGAAAGUUGAUCUUAGUAAUUGUCCUUCUAAUGCAACGAUGUUGCAGUUGGAUAAUACUAAGUUCUUGACUUAUCCUCCUGAAUUAUCCGACCAGAUUUUUUCUGCUGGUAUUUCUGCAUGUAGGUUUAACUGUCUUGUUAAUGGUGCUUGUGUCGCUUCGACUUCUUUAGCAGAUGGUACGGGGAUGUGUUAUAUUAAACAGCCUAAUUUUGUUAGUGGCUAUCAGGCGCCAACCCUUCCUAGCACUUCGUUUCUUAAGAUAUGUGGACCUGCAAUGCCUAAUCCUAGUGCAGUUUCGGAAACUGUUGAGAAGAAGAACGGAGGGAGGGUUCCUGCCUGGGUUGUGGCACUUUUGGUUGUGGCUAGUCUCUUGGGUUUGGUCCUUGUGGAGGGUAGUUUGUGGUGGUGGUGCUGUAGGAACAGUUCUAAAUUUGCAUCACUGUCGUCUCAAUAUGCACUCCUUGAAUAUGCCUCUGGUGCCCCUGUGCAGUUCACAUACAAGGAGCUUCAGAGGGCGACAAAGGGGUUUAAGGAGAAACUCGGUGCAGGAGGAUUUGGGGCAGUUUAUCGGGCAGUUCUGGCUAAUAGGUCAGUUGCUGCAGUGAAACAGCUGGAAGGAAUUGAGCAAGGAGAGAAGCAAUUCAGAAUGGAGGUUGCAACUAUAAGUAGCACACACCAUUUGAAUUUAGUGAGAUUAGUCGGGUUUUGUUCUGAAGGGCGCCACAGGCUACUGGUCUACGAGUUCAUGAAAAAUGGUUCUCUUGAUAAGUUCCUCUUUGCAGAAGAUCAGGUUUUGAACUGGGAGCAACGAUAUAGUAUUGCUUUGGGGACAGCAAGAGGUAUCACAUACCUUCAUGAGGAAUGCCGAGAUUGUAUAGUUCACUGCGACAUAAAGCCUGAGAACAUAUUGUUGGAUGAGAACUACACUUCUAAAGUAUCGGAUUUUGGUCUUGCGAAGCUCAUUAACCCAAAGGACCACAGGCAUAGAACCUUGACGACUCACGUGAGGGGUACUAGAGGAUACUUAGCUCCAGAGUGGCUGGCCAAUCUUCCUAUAACUUCCAAAUCUGACGUAUACAGUUAUGGUAUGGUAUUACUGGAGAUAGUGAGUGGAAAAAGGAAUUUUGAAGUCUCGGAAGAGACUAACCGGAGAAAGUGCUCUUUGUGGGCAUAUGAAGAAUUUGAAAAGGGUAAUACGGAGGCCAUUCUGGACAAAAAGCUUUCCGAUCAGGAGAUGAAUAUGGAACAAGUUAUACGAGCAAUUCAGGUGAGCUUUUGGUGCAUCCAAGAGCAACCAUCUCAAAGGCCAACAAUGGGCAAGGUGGUUCAGAUGUUAGAAGGCGUUACUGAGAUUGAUCGGCCACCAGCACCUAAUGCUAUUGAAGGGUCCUUUGCUGGAACCAGCUUAAACACCAGUAGCACAAGCGCUCUUUCCACCUUUGUGACCUCGGCUCCAGCUCCCUCUUCAUCAUCAUCAUUCCAAACUGCAAAGAAUGUCGAUAGGCAAUCAUCAUCACUUUUACACUCCGAAAUUAAGUGAGUCUAAACUAUGCACUUCAGAUUCCCUACAAGAACUGAUGGGAAUUUUUAGUAUCUCGAAGAUCGUAGUUUUGCUUGUGUCUUGCAAUUCAUAUUGUAUAAUAGAUAGGUUUAGCAUAUAUAUUUGCGUAUAUUUUGAUAUCUUGUGACUCGUUAAUAUUGAAUACCACUCGCUUAUUUUCCAUAUCCUAUUAUUCGCCCAGAUUCAA